GGACCUGCCCGGCCGCUGGACGUACGGAGUGGACAGCGGCGGAAGAGUCUUCUUCAUCAAUGAUGAAGAAAAGUCAACCAGCUGGUUGCACCCUGGGACGGAGUCGGCCAUCCAGAGCGGGCACACCUGCAGCCCAGGCUUGCCCAAGGGCUGGGAGAUGGAUUUCACCCCCGAAGGAGCCGUUUACCUCAUCAACCACCAUGAGAGACGGAACACCUUUCUGCACCCAGUGACGGGACAGAUUCCGGAGGAAAACCACAAAUUUAACUUGAAACCAUCCACCUUGGACAUGUCCAAUAAAGCAGGCGGGAAACGCGUGACCACCACCAACAGCGACGUGUCCAAUCACAACAUGGUGUCCGAGGUCCCCGCCGAGCGGCCCAGCGUCCGGGCCACCCGGACCUCCCGCAAGGCUAUUGCCUUUGGCAAGCGUGCCCACUCCAUGAAGCGGAACCCCAGUGCCCCCGUGGCCAAGGCUGGCUGGCUCUUCAAGCAGGCCAGCUCCGGGGUCAAGCAGUGGAACAAGCGCUGGUUCGUGCUGGUGGAUCGCUGCCUCUUCUACUACAAAGAUGAGAAGGAGGAGAGCAUCCUGGGCAGCAUCCCCCUCCUGAGCUUCCGGGUGGCCGCUGUGCAGCCCUCGGACAACAUCAGCCGGAAGCACACUUUUAAGGCCGAGCACGCUGGGGUCCGCACCUACUUCUUCAGUGCGGAGAGCCCCGAGGAGCAGGAGGCCUGGAUCCAGGCCAUGGGGGAAGCGGCCCGCGUGCAGAUCCCCCCGGCCCAGAAGUCAGUGCCUCAAGCUGUGCGUCACAGCCAGGAGAAGCCAGACUCUGAGAACAUCCCUCCCAGCAAACACCACCCGCAGACGCCCCACAACAGCCUCCCCAAGCCCGAGCCAGAAGCCAAGACGCGUGGGGAGGGGGACGGCCGCGGCUGCGAGAAGGCCGAGCGGAGGCUGGAGAGGCCCGAAGCCAAGACUGAGCGUCUGGGGAAGGUCAACGGUGUCCAAGCUGGCCCCGAGUCCACGUCCGAGCCAGGCAGCCCCUACCCCGAGGGCCCAAGGGUGCCAGGGGGUGGGGAGCAGCCGGCCCAGUCCAACGGCUGGCAGUACAGCUCCCCCAGCCGGCCCGGGAGCACGGCCUUCCCGCCUCAGGACGGGGACGGCGGCGGGGGACAGCGGCAGAGCUUCCCUCCACGCACCAACCCCGACAGGAUUGCCCAGCGCAAGAGCUCCAUGAACCAGCUUCAGCAGUGGGUGAACCUGCGGCGGGGGGUGCCUCCUGCUGAGGACCUCCGCAGCCCUUCCAGGUUCUACUCGGUGUCGCGCAGGGUCCCCGAGUAUUACGGCCCCUACUCGGCGCAGUACCCCGAGGACUUCCAGUACUACCCGCCGGGCGUGCGGCCCGACAGCAUCUGCUCCAUGCCCGCCUACGACCGCAUCAGCCCGCCCUGGGCGCUGGAGGACAAGCGGCCCGCCUUCCGCAACGGGGGCGCGCCCGCCUACCAGCUGCGGGACUGGAAGGAGCCCGGCGGCUACGCGCGCCAGGAGGGCCCCGUGUGGCUGUCCAGCCCCUCCCGGCAGCCCGUCUUCUACGACGAGCUGGACGCGGCGGGCUCGCUGCGCCGCCUGUCCCUGCAGCCCCGCUCGCACUCGGUGCCGCGCUCGCCCAGCCACGGCUCCUACGGCCGCGCGCGCAUCUACUCGCCCGCGCGCUCGCCCAGCGCGCGCUUCGAGCGCCUGCCCCCGCGCGCCGAGGACCUCUACGCCGACCCCGCGGCCUACGUCAUGCGGCGCUCCAUCAGCUCCCCGAAGUAUGAUUACCUGGGAGACAGGCGGCCAGUCCCCGCAGGACUGUUCCCCUACAACUGCCCACCAUCCCCCACGGUCCACGAUAAGAUGGAUGAACUUUUAGACCUUCAGUUGCAAAGAAACCUAGAGUAUUUGGACCAGCAGAUGAGUGAGAGCGAGACGCUCAUCACUAUGGUCAACCGCAUGGUGGAGAAUUCCUCCCCCAGGGCCCAACUCUUCAUGCAAGUCCCUCCAUACCCAGAAGUGUUCCGGGACAGCCUCCACACCUACAAGUUAAACGAGCAAGAUACAGAUAAGCUGCUGGGCAAACUGUGUGAGCAGAACAAGGUGGUGAGGGAGCAGGACCGGCUGGUACAGCAGCUCCGAGCGGAAAAGGAGAGCCUGGAGAGCGCCCUGAUGGGGACGCACCAGGAGCUGGAGAUGUUCGGCAACCAGCCCGCCUACCCCGAGAAGCUGCUGCACAAGAAGGAGGCGCUGCAGAACCAGCUCAUCAACAUCCGCGUGGAGCUGUCCCAGGCCUCCACGGCCCUGGCGAACAGCACCCUGGAGUACGAGAACCUGGAGACAGAGGUCUCGGCCCUGCACGAUGACCUCUGGGAGCAGCUUAACCUGGACAAUCAGAAUGAGGCGCACAGUCGGCAGAUCCAGAAGGAGAUCUGGAGGAUCCAAGACGCUAUGGAGGGGCUGAGGAAGAACAACCCAUCCCGGGGCACCGACACCGCCAAACACAGAGGAGGCCCGGGCCCCUCGGCCAGCUACAGCUCCAACAGCCCUGCCAGCCCGCUCAGCUCCGCCAGCCUCACCAGCCCCUUGAGCCCCUUUUCACUCAUGUCUGGUUCUCAGGGGUCCCCCACCAAGCCCGGGUCGAGUGAGGAACCCGGGCCGCCACGGCCCCCCCUCCCCAAAGCCUACAUCCCCCUGGAGUCUCCUCCUACUGUACCUCCACUCCCUAGCGAGAGCCGCUUCUGGCCGUACCCCACCUCCCCUUCCUGGCACCGCGGUGGCGAGACAGCCAGGGGUCAGCAAAGCAAAAAAGAUGCCCAGCAGACAGCGCCCCCGGACGCCUCGAGAGACACCAGCAGGCUAGAGGCGGAGGCCGAGAAGCAGGCGGCUCUCAACAAAGUUGGCGUCGUGCCUCCUCGGACGAAGUCACCCACCGACGAGGCAGGGACCCCCUCCAGGGUGGUGAGAAGAAAUGGCAACGGGCUAGCCAACGGUCUCUCUCCCCGCGAGCGCCCCAAAAGUGCUGUGUUCCCCGGGGAGGGCAAAGUGAAGAUGAGUGUGGAGGAGCAGAUCGACCGCAUGCGGCGACACCAAAGUGGCUCCAUGAAGGAGAAACGCCGGAGCUUGCAGCUCCCGGCCAGCCCGGCCCCGGAGCCCAGUCCCCGGCCCAUGUACAAAGUGGUGCGCCGGCAUCGCAGCACCCAUGAGGUGGACAUCUCCAACCUGGAGGCCGCCUUGCGAGCGGAGGAGUCUGGGGGACAGGCCUACGAGACGCCCCAGGAGGAAAUCGCCCGGCUACGAAAGAUGGAGUUGGAGCCUCAGCACUAUAAUGUGGAUAUCACGAAGGAGCUCUCCACCCCAGACAAGGUCUUCAUCCCCGAGCGCUACAUCAACUUGGAGCCCGACACCCCUCUGAGCCCCGAGGAGCUGAAGGAGAAGCAGAAGAAGGUGGAGAGGAUCAAGACGCUCAUCGCCAAGUCCAGCAUGCAGAACGUGGUGCUCAUCGGCGAGGGGGACCCGGUGGACGUGCCCCAGGACUCAGAGAGCCAGCUGCAGGAGCAGGAGAAGCGGAUUGAGAUCUCCUGUGCCCUGGCGACCGAGGCCUCCCGCCGCGGCCGCAUGCUGUCUGUGCAAUGUGCCACCCCGAGCCCGCCCACCUCCCCCGCCCCCCUGACUCCACCAGCCAACCCCCUGCCAUCUGAAUGCCCGCGGGGCGCGGACAGCAGCCAUGCCAUGCGGGUCUGAGUGGACUGCAAGCCCUGGCCAGCGCCGUGCAGCUCCAGAGAGCGCCCCUCUGAGGUCACCUCUGCUCCUGCCGUCCCCACGCCUGCCCACCUGGCCCCUGACCCCUGCGCUCCCUGAGAAUGUCGCUGGGAGCCCACGGGGGCUGGGCUGCUGCCGAGGGUCACGGACGACGGACACACGGACAGAUGCCUCUGUCUGCUCACCACGCCCAGUGCUGACAC